AUGGCGACCGUGCGCUUCGGGGUCGGGGAGACUUUGGGAGCUCUGAACGCGGCUCUGCGUCCUCCUCCGCCCUCCGCCAGUUCGGGCGGCUCGGUGUGGUUCAAAGAGAGCAGCGCCCGGAACCUGCGCAGCCGCGACUUCCUGGCGCCCCGCAGCGCACUACAGGCCUUGUUUGGGGACGGGCAGGUACCAAAAGACAUUAUUGAUGGGGUUGCAGCUCUAGAGGCCCCAGGUGUCCCCCCCAUUCAGAAAUGCACCCAGACCCAGGCUGGGUUGGCACUCCAGCUGGAGAGGCCCAGUGUCUUUGAGCAGGUCCUGAGUUCCUUACAGGGCUAUGUAGCUCCCCAACCUACCUCCUCCACCUCUGAACAUAGUAUCAUCCUGGAAUGUGUGUCCCUGCAUGGCCCAAAGGGGCCAGAUUCCUUAAGCCUGAGCCAGCUGAGAGCUAUCCUGGUGGCUGAUCACCUAGCAGAGACUUUGCGGAAACAAGGGGUGACUGUUUACCAGGUUCCAGCCAUACAGGACCCUGGGCUCAGGAGUUUCCUGCAGCAGCUAAAAGUCAACUGGCCAUCAGCUUCCAAGACAUCCUCAUCCCCAGAAUCCACUGAGGCACUGAAGGAAGUUCUUAGGGAUCAUGCUGUUGUCCCAAUUGAAGAAUUACCCUCUGGAGUGGUGUGCAAAGUAUCCUUGAAAGAGUUUUUGGAGCAGCAGCCGGGCUUGGAAGGCUUUGACCCCAACCUGGACAUCUGUUUAGUAACUGAGGAUCAGCUGGGAGCCCUGGCCGAGCUCCAAGAUGCUGCCCAGCACUACCCUAGGAAUCUCCCCUCAAGUCACAGCCAGGCUAAGUCUUCUGCUGGAGGCACUCCCUGCUCUGUGGUUCAUGUGGUGAGCUGUGAGGAAGCUUUCCAGCAGCAGAAGUUACACCUACUCUGGAGACUACUGGAUGCCAAUGCCCCUUCCCAACAGAAGCAUCUUGUCUGUGGACCAGUGAAAGUUGUGGGUUCUCCUACCCCACUGAGUGCUCCCCAGUACUAUAGGCUCCGGCAAUCCCAGAUGCGUGAGGCCUCAGUGCUGAAGUAUGGAGUUGACUUUGUUCAGGAUGAGGCCUGGAGUGAAAUAAUUGGGGCUCUCACUUCUGCUGCAGUCAAGUUUGAAAUGCUAAGUACAGCCCAUCGAAGUCAGAUGUCUUUGGACUUGGAGGAUACCAGCGUCUCUACCAAAGGCACCAAGAGUGGAGCUUUUGUCAUGUACAACUGUGCCCGGCUUGCCACCCUCUUUGAUGGCUAUCAGCGGGGUGUAGAACAAGGUUUGUAUCCUGCUUUCCCUGAUGUGUCUGAGCUGGACUUCUCUUUGCUUCGUGAAGAGGGUGAAUGGCUUUUGCUUUUCAAUGGCAUCAUCCCCUUUCCUGAGGUACUCAGCCAAUCAGCACAGCUCCAUGUCUCAAGCCCAGGAAUCAGGAUAACAGCCAACACAGAGGCGGUGUGCAAGUUUUUGGUGCAUCUGAGCAUGGACUUCAGCUCCUACUAUAACCGAGUGCACAUCCUUGGGGAACCACGACCUCAUCUGUUUGGACAGAUGUUUGCUCGCUUACAGCUCAUGCGGGCUGUUCAAGAGGUUUUCCACAGCGCCCUGGCCACUCUGCAUCUUCCCCCACUCAGCCAGAUCUGAGGAUACCGUUCUGUCCUCCAAGGACCUUCCAGGUGUCAUUCACUGCCUACCUCCAAGGCACUGGAAUCGACUGCCUUCAUGGUCUCAGGGCAUUGUUAGAAGGGUCAGCAAAGGCAGGUGCUUGACUGUGGAAACCUGCCUACAUGUUUACUUGGUUAAAAUAUCUUAUUGUGGACAAAACCACCCCCUACCAACAUAGCCUUCCGUGCUUUCCAGCUGUGCCAUUUCAUUUGCUGGGCCCAGCUCUCAGCAGUUACUACUUGUCCCUACAACAGUUUAACAUCUCUUUGAUUUACUAACAAGGAGAAAUCCUUCUAGUACUCUCAGAACCCAAAAAGCCCUGGACUGCUGGCAGAGGCUGGGAGCAAACUAACAUUUCCCUCCAAAAUAAAGUGUUUGUUGG